CUCUCAAACAGAAUAUUCUGUGUGUUACAGAAGCCAAUAAAACAAUGUCGUCGACGGAAAAAAAGUUCCCGCCGAUAACAAAGUGCGGCGAUUCGACGACGACUUCGUACGGUUCUAUCGCAGCAGAUCUGGACGGAACGCUUCUGAUCUCCAGAAGCUCCGUCCCUUACUUCAUGCUCGUCGCCAUUGAAGCUGGUAGCCUCCUACGCGGCUUCAUCCUCCUCCUCUCUCUCCCUCUCGUCAUCUUCGCUUAUCUUUUAGUCUCAGAAGCCUUGGGAAUCCAAAUCCUUAUCUUCAUCUCUUUUGCCGGCCUCAAGAUCGGAGACAUUGAGCUCGUCUCACGCGCCGUCUUGCCAAGAUUUUACGCGGCGGACGUGAGAUCGGAGAGCUUCGAGGUGUUCGACAAGUGCGAAAGGAAGAUAAUCGUAACAGCGAACCCGACGCUGAUGGUGGAGCCGUUCGUGAAAGAUUUUCUUGGCGGGACCAAGGUUUUGGGAACGGAGAUCGAUGUGAAUCCCAUGACCAAGAAGGCAACUGGCUUCGUUAAGAGUCCCGGCGUUUUGGUAGGAAAAUGGAAGAAAAUUGCCAUUCAGAAAGAGUUUGGCGGCGACUCACCGGAUAUUGGGAUCGGAGAUCGCGAGUCUGAUCACGAUUUCAUGUCUGAGUGCAAGGAAGGUUACAUGGUUCCCCCGAGCAAAACAGCCCGUCCUGUCCAACUCGACCGCCUUAAGAGCAAGAUAAUCUUCCACGAUGGCCGCCUAGUUCAACGCCCGGACAUACUCAACGCCAUCAUUACCUACCUCUGGCUACCAUUCGGCUUCAUCCUCAGCAUCCUGCGUGUCUACAUCAACCUCCCCCUCCCAGAGCGCAUAGUCCCUUAUACGUAUGCCAUACUCGGCAUCAAGCUCAAGAUCCGCGGCAACCGACCUCCGCCGCCGUCUCGCGGAAACCCCGGAAACCUCUAUGUCUGCAACCACCGCACGGCCCUCGACCCCAUCAUCUGCGCUAUCGCCUUGGGCCGCAAAGUCUCCACCGUCACCUAUAGCGUCAGCCGCCUCUCGCGCUUCCUCUCGCCCAUCCCUGCCAUUGCCCUCACACGCGACCGCGAGGCCGACGCGCGCCGUAUCAAGUCGCUGCUCGAGAAGGGUGACCUAGUGGUUUGCCCGGAGGGCACCACGUGUCGCGAGCCCUACUUGCUUCGAUUCAGUGCUUUGUUUGCAGAGAUGAGCGAUAGGAUCGUCCCCGUGGCUGUGAACUGUAAGCAGAGUAUGUUUCAUGGGACCACCGUGAGAGGAGUGAAGUUCUGGGACCCAUACUUCUUCUUCAUGAACCCCAGGCCCACCUACGAGGUCACCUUCCUUGAUAGGUUGCCGGAGGAAAUGUCGUGUAAGGCCGGAGGGAAGUCGGCGAUCGAGGUGGCCAAUCACGUGCAGAGGCUGUUGGGAGAUACGCUGGGGUUCGAGUGCACAGGAUUGACGCGGAAGGAUAAGUAUUUGUUGCUUGGGAAUAAUGACGGGAAGGUGGAAUCUAUGUAUAAUAAGAAGUGAUAUUGGGUUUGGGAAUACGUAGUUUUGUCAAACUGGAUUUUAGUAAGGGUAUUUCUGGAAUCCUGCCAUAAAUUAUUAUUUAUCUUUUUUUUAACAUUAUAAUAAUAACAAAUAGCUAGUGCCUUGUUGUUUUUA